GGUUGAGCAAGUCCUUCAUUCAUCCCAAGCUUCGUCUCAAAGUUUGUAGUAGCGCUUGGUGUCGUGAUGACGAGGAGCACUUACCUUGUUGUGGCCCUCCUGGCCUCGGUGCUUCUGGUGGUGAGCUUCUGCAAUGCCCAAUUCCAAGAGAACCCUGGCCUCCUGCUGCCGAGCCAAGGGGAUGGAAUGGAGGUAGGGAAGAAGAAGCCAUGGCCGUGCUGUGACAUGUGCAAAUGCACCAGGUCGAUGCCGCCGCAGUGCCAGUGCUAUGACGUGUUGGUGGGCGGCUGCCACCGCAACUGCAAGAGCUGCUUCUGCACCAGGUCGAAUCCGCCCUCCUGCCGCUGCACGGACGUCAUCUACGAAGACUGCGGCAAGCGCUGCCACCCGGAGGCCUAGCCCCGCCAUCCGCUGCCGAGUUGCGUGCGUGAUGGAUGCAUCACGGAUUCGCCCAAAUAAGAGCCGCAAAUGUCACCACCUUACAUAUCUCCUAUGCAACGCUUGUCAUAACCUUAUCAGUAGCGAACUUGAACCUCUCGAACCUCUCGAGCCACAGUGUUACGAAAAUGUAAUCGGCUCAUCUUUGAAUAAAUGCAAAUCGCAGCGUCAAUCAUUAGUGAUGAUCAAA